AUGUCUGCUGGACAGUACCCUCAGAUAGAGCAAGACUCUCUGGAACCACCCAGUGGUAACGAGCUUCCAACCUACGACGAUCUCGCUCAGCAGAACGGUCCUAAUUCAAGAGCGGCAGAAAGGUAUGCAGAUCUUACCCAGGCAGAACGAGAGAGACGACGAGAACGUGGGUGGGGGAAUGACACAGAGAUUCCGGUCGUGGAGCCCAUCCCCUCAAUUACCAAUUACCCUUUUGCACCAGGUGGACAAAGUCUGCCCCUGCACAUCCAAACCGCUAGUUUAACCGUACAAGAUUCCCCUCCUAUCUCUAGUGGCACACCUACCCAUAUACCCCUCCCUUUUGUCAGCCAAACCAUCGAACCUACGCAUCUCAAAAUCAACCACUUUGGUUCUCGCUUUUUACCACAUACAACAUCUCAAAUUCGAUGCGUCCUGCCUUUAAUGACAGAUAAAAUUCUACUUAUUGGCCAUGAUGAUGGUCUCUCUGUACUUGAUAUGUUUCCGCAGGAAUGGACUGAAAGUGGAGACAUGACUACAAAAGGUCCUGACGAAGCUCAAUGCCGGCCUGUGUGGCGAGGUGAAAGUGUAUAUCAAAUGACUAUCCUUGAAUCAGAGGAUCGAGGAACUGGAACCCCUCAAGGAGUUGUUUUGGCCGUAGUUGGCCCUUCCCAAGAUGCCGUAUCCGUAGGGAAGGACGUAGAAGCUUUACGGACAGCACGUAUGUACAAUUUGGGUAGCUUGAUCAGUCUCGCGAGAUGGACAAUUGCUCAGAAGGGGGCGCAACCUUUGAAUUUGCGCUAUAUGGGGAUCACACAGGCUCCUAGCACACCAUCAAAAAAGCACAAAGCUCAUGGCAGUAUAGCGCGUAAUCUUAAGGCAUUAUCAACCGGCAACCCUCCGUUGGAACCACCAUCAUCAUAUCAAACAUUUCUAUCCCCUACUGGAGCAUCAGGACCCUCCCUUGCUAGAGGUCCGAGUUCUUUAUCUGAACGCAGUUUCACGAAUAGAUCGGUGUCCGACCAAUCUACUUGGGACGUCGUUGACGACCUGCCUCUACGGUGGGCUACGGAUUUUGUUCCGCUUGCCUCACCCGGUUCUCGACUAGUUGGCGUAUCAGUAUUAGGAUAUGCAACAUGGAGCGAUGAGAAUCGUAAGGGAACUGGAGGUCAGCUUCUGGCUAUCACGACGAAGAACAAUAUCCUUCUUUACGAGACUCCCAAAGGAGAAAGGGCGUACAGAUUCGUCAAGGAAUUCUAUACGCCGUUACAACCACGGAAUAUUGCAUUCAUUCAACAGUCAGUGUCUGAAAGCAGAAGCCCGUUGGAAGAGAGAAGUCCAAGUCGCUUCCAUUCUCACAAAAGGUCGGAAAGCGGUGGUGCAAUCAAAGGUCUGGUCAAUGGUGCUUCGUCGCCCAUGCCUCUAAGCUACGGUACCCACCUCAGUCUUUUCGUCAUCUUUGACAAAAAAGCGGGAUGGAUUCGGCUUGCAGACUCUGCAGUUGGUGAAGUAGAGCUAGGAGAAGACGGUGGACCCCAGCCUGCAGGCCUCCUCUACUCACGAGAUACUUUUGCCUCCAAUAUCAGCGCAACUACCCUGCGGCAAAAAGCCAGGGUCUCUUUUGAUAUUCGCGAGUCUGCAGCAAAGUGGCUUUUGCCCAUACGAUGUACACUUCCUGUACCAGGUCAGGACGCUGCGAAUAUGCAGCCGGUUUAUAUCCUCACUCGAGGGAAACGGACGCAUAUUUUACCCUGCCCUUUGCCAACUCGCUCCUCUUCCAUACCCCCACUACAUGCUGUCUUCUGGAAAGUGCCUCCUAAACAUGUCUCUGCGCGUCUUAUUCCGGGUGGGCACGAUCCUACGAUGGAACCUCCAAUGUUGCAACUAAUUGCUUUUGGCGAAAAUGGAGUCGAAAUUCAAGAGAUGGGUAUAUCAUUUAUGAGCUCCAAAGGGAAAGGCCGCGCAUACCCUGAAGAGUCCCUAUGGGCGGAAGAGGAUCUCGGGGGUGAAACUGGCUUUCUUAGUGUCGGCGGGAACUGGGACAGAGUGGAACAGAUAUAUGGAUCACAAGCCCUUUCAAGCGCAUCUUCCAUCUUUUCGGUGGAUACUAUGGAUUCUGCAGAUAUUCAUGCACGCCUAAAGAAAGAGGAGGGUAUCUAUGGUUGGUGUCGGAAAGGCCUAGAGGAUUGGAGAGUUUUCUGGGUUGGAGGAUCUAGUCAUUAUCAGGACUGCGAGCCGACUCGAGGUGCUUCACUUAACUAUAUGAAUUCGACAGCGAGUAGCAUGUACUUAUAA